CCAAAAUUAAAAAACAAAACUUCAGAGAAAAGAUCGAGUUUUUCAUGGCGUUCAACAUCGCUCACCAGCUCGGAUCCCUCGCCGCCGCGCCGAUCUCCGACGCCGCCGGCGGUCAAACGGCCGACCCUUCGCCGGCGUCGACGCUGUGGAAACCGCCGAUGGCGCAGGCGAAUCUACGGUGCCGGAUCAGUCGAGCUGGAAACCCAGAUCUGGAUGGAGUCCCUCCUCUCAGCCCUUGCCGCUCUCCUGCCUCCGCUCUCACUCCAAUCCGGCAAGACCUCAGCGUCGCCUGCCAGGCCCUCGUCGCCGAUCCAUCUCCGGCGGUGGAGACCGACGAUGCGGUGAGUAGUCGUCAUCAAAGUCGAAAGGGGGUUCCAGUGUUCGUGAUGCUGCCUUUGGAUACGGUGAAACCAGGGGGAGGGUUGAAAAGGAGGAAAGCGAUGAAUGCGAGCUUGAUGGCGUUGAAGAACGCCGGUGUAGAGGGUGUGAUGGUUGAUGUUUGGUGGGGGAUCGUUGAGAGGGAUCGGCCGGGGGAGUACGAUUGGGGUGGCUACUCCGAUCUCAUGCUCAUGGCUCAUCGCCAUGGAUUGAAGGUCCAGGCCGUGAUGUCGUUCCACCAGUGCGGCGGCAAUGUCGGUGACUCUUGCACGAUACCGCUGCCAAAGUGGGUUUUGGAGGAGAUGGAGAAAGACCCAGACUUGGCGUACACGGACCAAUGGGGUCGUCGGAACUACGAGUACGUCUCACUGGGCUGUGACACGCUCCCGGUCCUCAAAGACCGAUCACCGGUUCAGUGCUACUCCGACUUCAUGCGCGCAUUCAAGGACCAGUUCAAAGACUUCCUCGGCUCCACCAUCGUGGAAAUCCAGGUCGGUAUGGGGCCAGCUGGGGAGCUGAGGUAUCCGUCAUAUCCGGAGCUUAAUGGCACCUGGAAGUUUCCUGGAAUUGGUGCUUUUCAGUGCUAUGAUAAGUAUAUGCUGAGCAGCCUGAAAGUAGCAGCAGAAGCAGCUGGAAAACCAGAAUGGGGACACAGCGGGCCAACAGAUGCUGGGUCCUACAACAACUGGCCGGAAGAUGUCCCAUUCUUCCGCCGUGAAGGUGGCGGCUGGAACUGCCCAUACGGCGACUUCUUCCUCACUUGGUACUCCCAAAUGCUUCUCAACCAUGGUGAACUCAUCCUCUCCGCCGCCACCACCAUCUUCUCCUCCACCAAUACCGUCAUCUCCGUCAAAGUUGCCGGCAUUCACUGGCACUACGGCACUCGUUCUCACGCACCUGAACUCACUGCCGGUUACUACAACACUCGUUUUAACAACGGUUACCUCCCAAUUGCUCGCAUGCUCGCCCGCCACGGUGCAAUCUUCAACUUCACUUGUGUAGAGAUGAAGGAUUGGGAGCAGCCUGCCGAGGCCAUGUGCCGUCCUGAAGCUCUAGUGAGGCAAGUAGCCGAGGCUGCACGUGAGGCCGGUGUUGGCCUUGCCGGAGAGAAUGCAUUGCCAAGGUACGACGAGGCAGCUCAUGAGCAGAUACUUAAAACAGCAUUGAGAAAUGAUGGUGAUGAUGAAGGAUUGAAGAUGGUUGGGUUUACUUAUUUGAGAAUGGGAAUGGAUUUGUUUCAUCCUGAGAAUUGGAGAAAGUUUGCUGCAUUUGUGCAGAGAAUGGCAGAUGGGUGUCCACAAGAGACACUGAAGAAGGUUGAUAAGGCUGUGCAUGAAACAAGGCCUUGGGUGCAAGAGGCUCUCAUGAUGAGUAAGUAGUUUUUUUAUUCUUACUCAUUAGAUAUAUAUAUAUAUAUACAUAUGAGUAUUGUGUGUCUCAUGAUGUAUAUUUGUUAAUGCACUGUUAUGAUGGCAUCCUUAGCAGUAAAAGAGAAUUAUAAUAAAAAUGGAGGGUUGGUUUGGAGGGUUUUUGUCUCCUCAACCCUGGAAAAUUGCCAUGGUUGUAAUAUGCUUACUGGUUCCUUGUGUAUUCUAUGGAAAGGUUUAUUUGUUUGAAGUUGUUU